CAUCAACCAUUAGAUAUAAACGUGAAGGAAAAACAGCGAGCCUCGAACUGCGUCCAUUUACUAUGGAUUCGUUGCGAUUACAUCCCGUUUUCCACAUCUGCGUCUGGUUACCAGCCGUAUUGGCGCAGGUGGAGCCGCCAACCAACGUGACCCUGCAAUGCCACAAUAUGCACAACGUCCUGGAGUGGAGUUACAACCAACCGUCGCCAGAGCUCAGAUUCAGAGUGACAGCUCAUCCAUAUUAUGGGUUAACUACAAACAGUAGUACUCAUGAGCAAUGGCUGCAUCCGACAGCUCUACAGUCUGAUGUGUCAGUUCUCUCUGAUCCAGACAAUUCGUAUCUCAUUUACGUAACUGCUGUGAUUGGUCAGAAUGAGUCUGAGUCCGCCCCUCCUGAUGGAAUCACUUUCAGCUAUUUCAAGGAUUCGCCUGCAUCUCAGAAAUGUUCUUUGGACCUCCCAUCAGUUGAAGUCACUCCCCAAAAAGACGGGUAUUUGCUGUUCAGCUUCAUGCAUCCCUGGAAAAUGUACGGCAAGAAGCUGCCUCACAGUUUAAAGUCCUUAUUCAGAAAGGAGAAAAGCUCUUAUACGGACAACAACAAAGAGCUACCUGAAUUUAAAUACAGCGUUGUGGUCGGCAGCCAGAAGCAGCCGCAACAUGACUUCAGAUGUGUGACGAGUCCGUGUGAGGAGAAGCUUCCAAUGGAGGAUAUAGGGGUGGAAAACUGUCUGAAAAUCACGGGAGAGGUGAAGAAGAUGGCUGUUAAAUCCACACAAUUGUACUGCACCGCGCCAUUACCAGUAAAGAAAACUGACGACAACAAUUACAUCAUCUACAUCGUGAUCAGCGUGUUGGUCGUGAGUGUGGUGGCUUUUAUCCUCUUCUUGGUGUACCAAAAGAAGACCAAACCCUCAAGUGCCAUACCAAAAUCUAUAUCAAUCAGCAGAAACAUUCCGGAAAAAGUGGCAACGGUUAAAGAGCAGAUCAGUGUGGCGAAAGUGGAGCCUUCCUCACCCACACCUCUACUGUCCUACCCAGAAGAGAAUGAGUUCACACGUGCUGGUACUUCCUUUGAGCCUGACCUCCGUCUGCGCAUCGGGAUAUACAAGGACGAAGAUGUGUGCGAUCAGGGAGGUAGGCAGCCGAAUGACGAAGGACAUGGGUACAUGAAAGGCAGCGACAUGGAUGAAGAUGGUACAUCACUCUCCGGUGGGGUCCCCUCUGGUUACGAGAAACGUCAGGUGUUGGUUGAGCUAGGGCGAGAUGAACUGGCUGAGGGCUACCGUGUCUGAAAGCGGAAUUGGUAACUACUGAACGUUGGGGCACUAUGAAUGAUGGGUCAAAUGGAGCACCCCCCUGUAUUCUGCAAUUAUAUGCCAUUUCGGCUGCGUGAUGUUGUAAGUGUUAGAAAAAGUUGGAUCUUAACUGCGACUUGCAGGGGAGCUGUUUUUUACAAGUUCCAGGUGGUUCGGUCCGUGCUGUUUCCUUAUCAAUGCCAAGUAAAAGGUCAACCGGGAACUUUCUGACUGUUACUGUGAAUAGGCUAAAUGCGGCACAACAAGAAGUCUUGCAGUAGUAAGACAAAAAAGGCACAUAGUAAUGACAAAUACCAAAUCAGAACAGAUAAAAACAAGCUCAUUUGAUCCAUCACCAGACUGUUAGCAGCAGAGUAAUGUUGUGCAUCUGUUAAUUACUUCAUCUCUGAUAUUUGUGUUUCAAUUCUCACAGUCUAUGAACCCUUCUGCUGCACUAACAAACUGUGCCUGCUGGGCAGUGGUAGUAGGUGAGAAAGCAUCUUAUUCAUAAUAAAUGGGAAUUAGAUGCAUGAUGCAUUAACAUUGUAUUCAUAUAGCAAACCCUCAAAGGGACUUAAAAAAAGCCCAUCUUACUUGUGUGAAUAAGAGCUGACAUAUUUCACAUGAGACAUGAGUAGGUGUUCAUUCUAAGCUCCAGCAUGUGGUGUGUUGCGGUAACUGCUAUUCAGUAAGUCAGUCAUCUUUCAUGGGAUUAUAAGCAGCGUAACCAAACAAAAUGGCAGUAGAGCAUUUUUCACUGCAGCAAAUCAGUAAACUAGCUUCCCUCUACACUGGCAUUGUUGAGAAAACUUUUCCCUCCAUCACUUUGCGCAGGAUGUAGUGGCCAGGAUUUUACUUUUGCAACAGAACCACAGUAUGACUAAAAGAAGCAACACGUCCGUCAUUGGUUACCUGCUAAAUGAUUGUUGGAUCUUCAAUCUUGACUUUAAAACGCAGACUGGCCUUCAUGGAUCUGUGUCACAUUUUAGAUCCUUUUAACAUCUGUGCUGGUCAGCUCCUUCAAUUCCGCAGAAGCGCACAUCACUGGUCGUUUUGUAGUGUUGUGUAGACAAGUUUUGUUUAUGCUUUGACAAUGAAAACAAAGGUCAUAGAUCAUUACUUUAAAUUUCUAAAUCACUGCCUGCUGCCCGACCCCGGGACGAUUUUAUUCUCUCUGCAUGGCAGAAUAAACAAAAUGAAGAAACCAAAUGAAGAGAGAGAGCGAAAAAGAAAGAAAGAAGUUGUUGCACUAUAUUAGUCAGUUUUGUCACUUUCACACUGUCAUAAAGUGAACAAGCUGUCCGAGCACUUUCACAUUAUGUGCCUUUUGUCAUGAGAAACUCCAAGUCAAAGAGUGAUGCAUUUGUUCUCCCCGCAAGUGAGACCCUGUAAAUUGCACCCAUUUCCUCCUGUGGAAUCGAGAUGAGAUGGAGGUAGUGAAGGGUUUGGUGGGGUAAACUGUAGGUCAGGGAGAUUAUUGAAUAGUAACAGAAACAUGUUGUGAUUGGAAAAACAAGGGGACUGAUAACUGGAUUUGUAUUUAAGUGAUGGCUCAUUGAUUUACUCGACAAAGUGAGAAACUUCACUGAAAUGAAUCCUACACAAGGACUCACAGGGGAUGAGUCCAAAACAACAUCUAGAUACUGUUUCACAAAAAUCAAUCUAUCACACAGUAACGUGUUCACAUCUGUUGCAUGCAUUACCGUAUUUGCCAGUUACUGAGCUGAGUAGUCAAAAUAUUGUAUUCACUGUGGUAUAGUGUAUCUUCAAAAAGUCAUGUCUACUUUCUUCUGUUUUCUCUUGCACAUGAUUCAGAGGCUUUGUUAGAGCACUUUUAACUUCCCCGAUGUGACAUUUUUUCUGAAUGAAAUGAAAUGAAACGUACGAGCAGGUUAUGGUCACAGGAGGAAUUUGGUCAAGUCCGCGACAACAGAUUUGAUUGGAUUCCCAAUGCAGGGCUGUACAGGAUUGUUCUCCUCCUGAACUGAAGGAGGAGAAAUGGAGGUAGAAACGAAUAAGUUAUUCUUAUUCUUAAACAAUUUUUUUGCCACCUAAAAUCCAGACUUGCAGUAUGUGUCAAAAAGAACUCAAAAUUGUUAUUAUUUUUAAUUUUACAUUUCUUUUGCAUAUAAUAAGAGAUAAUCGAACAGUUAACACAGGGACAUUGAACUCGGAACAUUUGGUUUUUUUUAUUUAAUUGCUAAUAAUUGUCAUGAAAUGAGUGGUUAUCUUGCACUGGAGGACAAGGUGAUGUGAUAUGUUAUGGUGUAACACAACUGUUCCACGUCUGUUACACUGCCUUAUGAUUGUGUUUUACAGCCAGUUUUUGAGUUGAAUACAGUGUGUGUGUGUGUGUGUGUGUGUGUGUGUGUGUGUGUGUGUGUGUGUGUGUGUGUGUGUGUGUGUGUGUGUGUGUGUUUGUGUGUGUAUAUAUAUUAUAUAUAUAUAUUUUUUUUGUAAUUGAAUCUUGAUGAGUUUCCUGCCUCAGUGUCUACAUGAUGAUCUUCAUGGCUCUAUCCAUAAACUGUUGGUCUUUAUUUUGGCUGGAAACUGCUCUUUUGUGUUUUUUUUUUUUUUUGUUUGUUUUUUCUAAAGUCAUUUUUUAGCAUUACAUCAUUUCA